AUGAAAAGCUCAUCGAUAACUAGAAAACACGAUAAUGAUUUCAAAUACGCCGUACAAGUGACUCGUAUUAUUUUGCGAGCAAUCGGUGCGUGGCCGAUUCCUAGUUACGCUUCCAACGUGGAAAGAAUUGCGACGCGUUUUCAAAAUAUCAUUUGUUACUUUUUAUUCGCGUUCAUCAUUGUGCCGGGUUUUCUGCAUAUAUUUCUAAAGGAACACGAAUUCAAACGUAGAGUGAGAGUGGUUGGGCCGCUUCUGAAUUGUGGGAUGGGUUGGACGAAGUAUUUUUUGCUCUUAAAUCACGCAAAAGAAAUUCAAUCUUGCCUGAAUCAAGCGCAGCAGGAUUGGACCGACACGGUCAAUGGAAGCGAUCGGAAAGCGAUGUUGUCUACAGCGAGAGUAGGCCGAAAAUUCGCGAUUUUUACUGCCGUCUUCAUGUACAUCGGCGGAUUAUCUUACCGCACGCUCGUGCCGCUUUCGAAGGGUCGUAUGCUCACACCGGCGAACAUCACGGUGAGAGAGUUGGCAUGUCCGAGCUACUUCAUCAAGUUCGAUGGACAAGUCUCGCCAGCAUACGAGAUCGUCUUUACCCUGCAAUUCUUUGCAGGAGUAAUCAUCUAUUCGGUAAGGGCCGGCGCGGCUGGCUUGGCCGCAUUUUUUAUUAUGCACGUUUGCGGACAAUUAAGUAUUAUAAUGGGCAAACUGCAGCAUCUCAACAACAUGUCAAAUUCUAAUGAUCGUGCUGUCGCAAUAUUGUUGGCUGAUAUCGUACAGCAUCAAAUAAAAGUGAAAAGUUUUCUAACACAAGUAGAGGCAACUAUGCGAUAUGUGUGGUUAGUGGAAAUAAUGGGUUCUACUAUACUCUUGUGCCUUUCAGGGUACUAUAUUAUUAUGGAAUGGCAGAAUAAUAAUUCAACAGCAAUGUUAACCAUGUCUGUGAUGCUUACAUCUUUCACUUUUUCCAUUUUUACCAACUGUUAUGUGGGUCAACGACUGACAGAUCAGAGCAUCAAGGUUGGAUUAAUGACAACCACGAUAAACUGGUAUCGUCUUCAAUGUAAAAGAGCCCGUUCUUUAAUACUGAUAAUGGCAGUUUCUAAUAUUCCAGCAAAAAUUUCCGCAGGCAGAAUAAUAGAUAUGUCUUUACUUACCUUCAGUAAUAAUUUCAACUACGAGGACGACAUUAAGUAUACGGUGCAGGUGCACAUUAUGGGCAUGAUCGGUGUGUGGCCGAAUAUGAGCAAACCCCUGAAAAUGGACGAAACUUUUCAGAAGAUUCCUCAGAAUUACGUGCUGCUUCCUACUGUCUUUUAA